UCUCUCCUCUUGUAAUUCCCUUGCUAUGCGUUUCAUGUUCUUCGAUUCUCCUUGCAAAUCUCUAGCAUUUUUGCGAUCGUCUUCCAAUUCUUCAGAAGAUGAUGAUGGUGCUAGCACUACUCAAGUCACUGAAGACAUUGGGUCUGUUGUAAAGUUAACUGCCAAUUCACUUAUGGAGGCAGGUUUAGAUGCAUUAUCAAGAGAGCUAGCUAAGCUACGAACAGGAAGAGCGUCUAUAGGAAUGCUUGAUCAUAUCGUUGUGGGCACAGGUGGUGUAAAGAUGAAUCUAAACCGAAUUUCUCUUGUCACCAUUAUUGACUCCAAAACCUGGUCGAUAACCCCUUAUGACCCAGAAAAAGAAGUGAAUUCAAGAGCGCCAGGGGCACGAACUCGGGUCUGGUGCCACGGGGAGAGGCCAAGGCUUCUGCCUUGCUAGCUCCCUUGAUGGUGAGAGUCACACCAUGGCCUUUACCGCGAUUUACCAUGGGCCGCGGUGUCUCUCAGCAACCUGACUAGCCCAAUUUGCAGCGUGCCAAACCACUAUCAAGAGUCUUAGUGCUGAUGAUAUUCAAUGCCUAUGCACCUAUAAGGCUAACCAGGGGGGUAUGUUACUAUUGAGUUACUAUUUGUUUGUAACUAUCAAAAUGAGCAACAAAAAUUAUGUUACGCAAUCAUAAGUUUGGGAGAGCUCCAACCCAAAUGAGCAAAAAUAUGAGUGGGGAUGUAUGCAUUUUACAUCAGGAUGCAUCAUGGGAUUCUUGGCCAGCUAUGAUGUAAAUAUUGUUGCUUGUCUAUGGCUGCCUAAUCAUGUCAGGAAAAAGAUACUGUUUGCACUUUAACCUCUUUGA